CCCGCCCCUGUGGGAGGCUCCUGGCGCCGAUGGGAGGCUCCUGGCGCAAGUUCAAGCGAACCCGCACCAAGAUGCGUGUGGGGUUGCCGCGCAAGAAGCCGCGCGAGUUCAAGCCGGCCUUCGACCUGCCCGAGGCGCUCGCCGCCGCCGGCGGCCACAUGCCGAGCUGGGACGCGGAAGGCAGUGUCGUGAAGAACUACUCCGCUUUCGGGGUCCUGGCCAACCCCAACCUGCUCGGCGCCCACUCCCGCGGCACGCGAGGCCUCGUCCAGAGCGCCUCGCUGCAGGCGCCCGACGUCGACGCCUUGCGCGCCCCCGUGGACGAGUUCGGCCCCGUCGACACCGGCAGUGACCUCGAGUGCGACGGUCAGUCUCCCGUCCCUUCGCCUCGUCUGAGAAACUUGGACCGGCUCACGAGCUGGUGAAUUCAUGUUUUAUGCCCAGUUUCUUCGGGACAUGUCGCUAAUUUGGUUAUACUGAUGGGCAAAUUUGGUAGAUCAGUUGGCAUGGCAUAAUGCGAUUUGUCAACCAUGUGUUGUUGUUCAUUUAUGUUUGGGCAUAUACAGAUGGUUUGCCUCUAGAUUUGAUA